AUGGCAUCCAUUGCAGAAAGCGUUAGCGUUUCUCUGUUCUUCCUCCUCCACCUCUUAUCUAUUACUGCCACCGUCGCCCAAACCACAUACCCAUCCGAUGUCUCAGCCCUCAAAGCUAUAAAGGUAGCCAUCGAUCCCACCACCAUUCCUGAUUACUCAUGCUUGGCCACUUGGGACUUCACCUACGAUCCCUACACCACUCCUAGCUCACACUUUCUCUGCGGCUGCGCAUGCGUCUACGACUACCGAAUCAAUAUGCUUUACUUCGAUGCCAUCGGUUACGUUGGAACUCUCUCCCCGCUCGUUUCCGAGCUCACUGGCCUAGAAUCAAUUGAUCUCUCUAACAACAAAUUCUCUGGCCCAAUCCCUACCUCUCUCUUCUCUCUCCCAAACCUCAUUUCACUCAAUCUCCGCAACAACUCAUUCUCCGGCACCAUCCCACCCAUCAUUCCAAUCCUGGGAACUCUCCAAAUCCUAGAUCUUUCUAGCAAUUUGCUAUCCGGGCCAUUGCCACAAACAUUGAGUUCUCGCAUCUUAAUUCAUCUUGAUCUUAGUUUCAAUAACUUCAGAGGGCCAAUCCCUAAACUCCCAAGAAAUGUACGGGAACUCGCACUCAAAUCCAAUUAUCUUUCCGGGAUCCUACCAGAAACGUCAUUUAGCGAGUUGGUUCAGUUGGAAGCUGUAGACCUUAGUGAUAACUUGCUCACCGGAACAAUCCCUGGCUGGUUCUUCCUCCAACCGUUCCUCCAGCGAGUUAAUCUCUCUAAUAACCGAUUCACAGGUAUGGAGAUCUUAAAGCCCAACAACAGUAACUUCCUUGACACCAUCGACGCCGGAUACAAUAAAAUCAAUGGGUACUUAUCCACGAACUUCACGGUGUACCAUAUGUUGUCAUCGCUGUCACUCCGAUACAACAAGCUAAAAGGAUCUAUCCCGAAGGAGUUCAGCCGGAAGACGACGUUGAGGACCUUCUUUCUGGACGGAAAUUACUUGAAAGGGAAGCCGUCGAAGGACUUUUUCUCCUGGAAAUCAUCGAUUGUUUCCGGGAGCUUUGGGGACAAUUUCCUGAAGAGGUGUCCAAAAUCUUCCAAGCUAUGCUCAAAAUCACAGAAAUCAUCAUCGAUCUGCCGGAAUGCAUACGACGGGAAAGUGAAAGUGUGA